AUGCAGUGCGGUCACGCUGCCGAGCUCGCCUGGCAACCUGCCUACACCCUGUGGUACCUCUUUCAUUGGAGGAGAUCGAGCUCGUGGUUUGGGCAGGCAACCAGGGAUGCAAAUGUGGGAGGUUUGGACACGGUAAUGGGCGAGGAGGAGGAACAGAAGUCUUCAGGAGAUGUCUUCGGUUCUACUCAGGCAACAAAAGAAGAGGAAGAACUUAUUGCAGAGGAAGAGCAAGAACUUACUCCAGAGGAAAAGAGGAAACUGGAAAGAAAAUUAAAAAAAGAGCGCAAGAAGAAGGAGAAACAGCUGAUGAGGGAAGCUGGAAUCUCCAUUAAAAAGGCGGCGCCCCAGAAGCCAUCGGGAUCUGAGCGGGCUCUGGCCUAUUUAACCAGCUGGUCUGAAAACCCAGGAGAAUGGAAGUUUCAAAAGGCAAGACAAACGUGGCUUCUCCUGCACAUGUAUGAUAAAGAGAAGGUUCCAGACAAGUAUUUCACCAUUUUACUGGAUUAUCUGCAAGGCCUUCAGGGCGGGGCAAGAGACAAAACUGUGGAGAAAGCUGAAGCUUUUAUGAAGGAAUUUGAUGGUUCUGAUGGAGAAGACCCAAACGUGCUGGAGAAGUGUGAGCGCGUACGACAAGUUCUGCAACUGCUGUCCUGAGAGUAUUUUUGUGUCUUAAUGCUUGUCUGGUGGAGAGGAGGAGAGGAUGUCAUAUACAGAGGCUAUAACUGAGUUGUAAAGUCAUCAUUUUCUAAAAGUAAUCCUAAGUUUUUUACUCAUAAUUUUUUGCAAUUGCAAAUAUUUAUCAUGUUUUGAGGCGAUGAAAUAAAAAUAACAUAUGUGGUCCAUAGACUUGCUAUUGAUCUUACUGCACGUCUUUAACAAAUAAACCUCUCUCCCUCUCAUUAGUUUUUCUCCAUCUGCCCCUGUAAUUACUGUUAAAUAAGAGGAGCUUUACAGUUCUUAAUAAGAAGAGCAAAGGAACCAACAAAAAGCCUGGAGGGUCUUUUACAAUGGCAGCUUUUAAAAUGAGUGUACAGUACAGUGCGUGCUCAGCCAGCUGUAAUCUAUCACUUUCAGCUUCAGAAGGAUGUCACUUGGAUUUGGGAAAGAUCAUUUUCAGUCUGUUGAACAUGGAUUGUAUAACACAGUUGCUUAUUAGUACUUCACACGGUGAUCUGGAGAUACCAUCAGCUUUGUUAGUUUUCCUUUUAUAUUUUAAAGUUUUCAAAUGCAUUAGGGCAAUUUUUUAGGUAUUUAGAUAAUGCACAGAUGGGAACAGAUCAAAUCCUUGCUUAUAUGUGGUGAAAUCAUCAGAUUGUACCUAAACUUACCCUACAACGAGAAGUUCUGUGCUGUAUCUGGCCUGACAGUGCUACAUUUUCAUCUUUCUCUGGUAAUUGGCAUCCAAAAGAGUUAAUUCCUCUUCGUUCAUUUUGGUGUAGGACAUUUGUCUCCUAUGAACAUGCUGAAAAUGAGGCUUUCAAGUGAAAACCAAGGACAUUAAUUACUCAGAAGUUGGAUGAUUGGUUUAUUUAAUAACACUGGUAUUCAGACAGAGUUCUUGACCUGAUUCUUUAAUGUUUCUGCAAACAUUGUUCAUACUUUACUAAUAACAACUAUAUGAAAUGUGUAGUGUUUUAGAAGAGUGUCUUUGGGAAUUACAGCUUUAAUUUGGAUGGGUGAAGGAGGGGAGGAUCUACAGAUAUUCAGGCCUGAUUUUUCAAUAAGAAGCAUUUGAGUGGAUUUGACAGCCUUCACAGCCAUGGAUUAAUACAAAUCUUUAAAAGUACGAAAUAUAUUACUAAUAACAAAUAACUUAUGCUUUCUGACUUCUUGAAGACGAUGUUUGCAGUCCAAAAAUACUAGAGACCAGCAUGCCCUGCUCUAGCACAGUAACUGGGAUGGAGUUUGGCACAACUUGGAGCGGGGCAGAAUUGAGCAGCAGUGUCCAGGUUCUCCAGUGAGCUGCUGAUGGUUCCUCGGCAGCUCAGGAGCUGUGGCAAUACCACAGGGCAGCAGUUGGGUGAGGGCUGCAGAGGAGGCAGAGCCAAAGCCUUUCUGAGGCCCAAAGCUUCACAACACUGAUCUUCCAGUGUGAAAGCUGGUAAAAAGUAUCUGCAGUAAAAAGAAGCGAUCCUGACAUUUAGUGAACUCAUAAAGAUCAUUGGAUCAAGUAUUUUGCAUGUGAGAAUAUGCAGCUGGGAAAAGCUGCUGUCACUCCAAGCAGAAGCUGGUACUUUUUUCUUUCCGCUAGGAAAAAUAGGAAUUUCUCAUGGAUGAAGUUUUCAAAGUGUCCAUUUGUGAGUUUUUCAUUGCACUUUGUAUGUCAGAGAAGAAUUUUUGUUCUCUCUCAAGAUAAUUGAGCAUUGCCACUUUUGAUUUCUCUGUCACUCAAAACUGUGGGUCCUCAUUGUGCACUUAACAUACUUUGCAACUUAAAAGCACAAGCACAUUGCAAAUGCACUUCGGAAUAGACUUGUAAUAAAAAAGAUGAUAAAGGUAAGAUCUGAGCAAAAAAAGUGUGAACCUUAUAUGAUUUUGACAGCUUUGUCAAAAUUUGCCUUUCUUGGACCUUGAUUCUGACCAUGUGCAAGUUCUGACAAAUCUGUGAGAAGAGACGCUUUGUGGAUCAAGAAUGUCAUGUUUCUUUUUAUAUCAGUUAAUAUUAAAAGCACACAAGACCUGCCAAUCUGGAGUCCAUGUGAACAGCAGUAUUUGGAAAAGAACAGUUAGAGCCUCUCACCGGCACAGUAAUAAACCUCUGGGAGUAAAGUCCUGCUCUGAUCUCCUCUUCCUCAACUGCUGUUUCAGCUCUCCCUUCGCUCCUACCUAUUGCUGGGUGUUUGGCCUCUGCUUCUUGCAGUUAUGGAAAAUUCAGAAGCUACAAAUGAAGGUAAUUGUUGCUGUGGUUGUGUUUGGCAGAGAAAGCAAAGCAUGAGCUUUCUGCCUCAUUCCUCUUGCUGUAGGUGCUGUUCAAAGGAUGGAGGGGUCUUGAAAUUUGAUAAAAGGCUUGUCAAAAUUCU